AUGAAGCCCACCACAUCAUCCCCGGGUCCCACCGCGGCACACGGCGUGGCUCCGGGCUGGCGGAGCAGCCUGAAGAAUGGAAGCAGGCGUUUUAAAUUCACCACCAGAGAGACAGCAGGUGCCUGUCAAUGCACGCGAGGAUUUCUCCCCGCCUGUCGAGCACCAUUGCUGGGAUCAUCGCAUCCGGCAGCACCGUGCAGUCAGGCGGCCACUAAAGCAGAACUUCCCCAGCUAGGGAACAGCCCAGCCCCGCAAACCGCACGUGAGGUUCUGGCAGCGGUACGGGAAGGACAAACCCCAGGGCCGGGCUUCUGCUGCAGGGAAACGCUCCGAGCAUCGUGCCGGGACGGCCCCCGCUGCGGGUUGGAGCGGUGCGGAUGUUGGCUGUGUUCUUACAGACUGCUUCACAGCAAAGCACAAAGGUGGUUUUGUUGCAGCGGGAGCAGCUCGGCCCCGCGCACCCGGCUCAGAGCCGCGUCCCACCGUCCAGCCCCACGGCCGAGCCCGGCUCCUCGCGGGAGGGGCAGCGUUCCCUGCGCAGCCCCCAACACCACGAGCGACGCGUCGCAGCUCGGGGCCACGCGGGGCCAAACCCGAUCCGCACCGAGGAGGCGAGGACGAACGCAGGGCGCGCUGCGGCUCCGCGCCGCGACACGAGGGCAGGCGGGGACGCGACCCUCGGGACCCCUCAGCGCCCAGCCCACCCAAACCCGGGGGGGGGCUCAGAGAGCCCGGGGACCCCCCGCGGCCACACAUGGCCGAGCCCUCCGUGCCGCCUCCCCCCCGGGGCGAGGUAACCCCGGUAACCCCGGGCCCGCUGCAAACGGCGGCGCCCCUCAGCUCGGGGCUGGGGGCUGGGGGGCAACGCGCGGACGCAGCGGGGCGUGGCCGCCCGCGGGAGGGGCGUGGCCUCGCCCCCCCUUCUCUCCCCCCCAACCCCCCCGCAGGCGGACGCAGCGGCGCAAUUCCCCCCCCCCCCCCUCCACCCCCCCGCGGCGCGCGGCGCCCGCCCUCGCGCCGGCGGCGGCACGUACGGCGCGACGCACGCGCCCCCGCCCCGCCCCGUCGCGCCGCCGCCGCCACCGCCUCCGCCGUCGCGUGGCCCCUCCCGGCUCCCGUAGCGUCGCCGCCGGGUCGGCCCUUACCGUCGUCGCCCGAGCGGCCGAGUCCGGGGGCUGGGAGCCGAGGGGGGGAGGGGUGGGGGAAGCGGGGCCGGGCAGAGGGGAGCAUGCGCACUGA